AUGUCGGCCUCCAUGCCUUCCCAAAAUACUACUUUCUUCAGCCUGCGAUAUAACUUACGCGCGUUGAGAUGUCCUGGUAGAGUACCUUCGUGCGCUUCAUUGAAUACUUCCCUUCUCUUGGACUUGGGUACCACCUUCACAGAACAAUUUUCAAGUAUCAUUUUGAGCUCGCCAUUGUCAACAAAGAAAUCAGCCACGCGAAACUUACGCGAGCAUCUCGGCAGUUUUACGUCUACGUGGUCAUUUCCGUGUUCAAUCUCCUUCAGAAUCUCCUUAUAAUCAUUGUCUUCUUUGAGUUCAUUUAGCCAUUCGUUAUCUCCUGCUGCCAACUCGCAGAUGACUACGCUAGGAUUAUGGAACUCGUCCACUUUUUCAUCAUCUACUGGGCCCGAGGAACGUCCANAAUUCUGCAACGUUUCUUGGUGCUGGGUAUUGAGCAAUCUUCUUUACCUUAUCCGGGUCUGCUUUGAUCCCGUCUUUGUCUAUGAGAUGGCCAAGGAAAGCUACUUUGGCUGGUCUCGUUUUUUGUUUUAUAGGCUUGUGAUCCGCUGUGUCAAUGUCAUGGACCACUAA